UUCUCCUUGAUUCAGAGUCCCGUGUCCGAGCUCUGAACUUUCUAGCUAGGGCUACUGACUUUUAUCUCAUAAUUAAUUAAAGAGAUAAGAGCUUUCUUGUGAGAGAGAGAGUUUUCUUCGGUGAGAAACUGAGAGAAAAGAAAAUUUCUUCUUAAAAUGUUGGGAGUAUUUAGCAGCGCGAUCGUGUCGCCUCCGGAGGAGUUAGUGGCGGCCGGAAGCCGGACUCCGUCGCCGAAGACCACGUCGACAACGCUCGUCAAUCGUUUCCUCCAGGCAAACUCCUCCGCCGUGUCCGUACAAGUCGGAGACAAUGCUCAACUGGCUUACACUCAUCAGAACGAGUCGUUUUUACAACCAAGAUCAUUUGCGGUUAAGGACGAGAUCUUCUGCUUGUUUGAGGGAGCACUUGACAACUUGGGAAGUCUCAGGCAGCAAUAUGGGCUUGCAAAAUCAGCAAAUGAGGUGAUCUUGGUCAUUGAGGCUUACAAGGCUCUUCGUGAUCGGGCACCCUACCCUGCCAACCAUGUUGUUGGUCACCUGAGUGGGAAUUUUGCUUUCAUUGUCUUUGACAAGUCUACCUCCUCCUUGUUUGUGGCUUCAGACCAAUAUGGCAAGGUUCCUCUCUAUUGGGGAAUCACUGCUGAUGGAUACGUUGCUUUUGCUGAUGAUGCUGACUUGCUUAAAGGUGCUUGUGGCAAGUCACUUGCGUCUUUCCCUCAAGGUUGUUUCUACUCCACCACAGUUGGAGGACUUAGAAGCUAUGAGAAUCCAAAGAGUAAGAUCACUGCAGUUCCUGCUGAAGAGGAAGAGUUCUGGGGUGCCACAUUUAAGGUGGAAGGGCCAGCGGUUCUUGCAGCCACAGAGUAGAAGAUGUUUCAUCCCUACUUAAUACUAAAAUGUCAAAAUCCAUCUGAGGAAAUUCAUGUGGUUGUGGAUUAAAGGCGUGAACGAGGGUCCAUGUGAAUACCUAAAUGACUCCAGUAAAAUGAACAAAGUAAGAAAAUGCUUGCGAGAAGUAAACUCAACUUCGUUUUAGCUAGCUCUUUAAUUCUCAGUACUUGCUUUUGUAUCAAAAACUUUGCCCUAGCUUUUAUCCCAUGUAAUGUACAGCUAUGGUUUGUACUCGAAGUUCAAUAAAAGUUUGUUUGAGGACUUUUAGCUAAUUUUUAAUAAAACAGUUAUGGUGGUCUGUGCAAA